AUGGGAAACCGACAAUCAAGACAAUCAAAACGAGUCUCCAAACAAUUUGUCAAAGAUAAUUCCAGUACAAGUACUGAUGAAUAUCCGCCAAGUCCAACGGAUUUGAGUUCUCGUUAUCUUUAUGUAUUCCCAGUUGACGAAAGUGAAUCGAUACGAAACGAAAAGCAACAAACCAUAGCAAAAAUUGCAUGGCAAGGGAAUUUUUCUUCGCCAAUUGGAGAUCAAUUAAAAGGUGGAGGAUUAAAAAUACUGGAUAUUGGGUAUGCAUAUAUCGAGUCUUCAUCUUAUAAUAACAAUGACUUCUAUCAGUCUUUAACUCAUAAUCAUUUUAGAUGUGGUCCAGGAACAUGGGUAAGCGAAAUGGCCGAAACAUAUCCAUUAUGCUCAUUCACGGGUGUCGACAUUUCUCCAGUUUACCCCUUAAAAGAACUACCAGAAAAUGUUGAAUUCAUACAAGCUAAUAUACUUGACGGUCUGCCAAUUGAAAGCAGAAAAUUCGAUUUCGUGGUCAUGCAUUUUUUGAAUGGCUGUUUCACAAUGCAACAAUGGAAAUCAAUAAUCAUUCAAGAAGUUGUUCGUGUUAUGAAACCUGGAGCAUGGCUUGAAUGGAUGGAGUGUAAUGCAUCUUUAAAAAAUCAAGGAGAAAAUACAAAAAAAUUAGUGCAAGCCUUCUUGUCGGCAUUAAAUUCACAAGGUUUAAAUCCUUGGAUAGUAAAUAAAAUUCCAAAAAUUUUAGAUCAUUCAGGGAUAUUUGUAAAUAGGCAAAAUGGAAAACGAACAGUUACAUAUGGUUCUGCUGCUGGAAAAUGUGGUGAAUUAUCUAUAGACACCUCUAUGAAUAUAUUCCAAGCUAUAAGAAAACAAAUUAUGGAAUUCAUGAGUAUCACGCCUCACGAAUACGACCUGCUACUUGAUAAAGUACGCGAAGAGAUUGAACAAUAUCAAACGACUAUGGAUUAUUAUCGGUUUUGUGCGCAAAUAAUUGUGGUUGACAAUGAUUAA